GAAAAACCGUUUCCUCUGCUACCCUAAUCCGAGAUUGUUCUGUCGUAGUUUCGAGAGAGAGAGAGAGAAAAAAUCCCAAUCUUCAAUCUUUUUUCUUAUUUUCUGCGCUUGUUCUGUGUGAUCUUGCUCAAUGGCUCGUACUAAGCAAACCGCUCGUAAAUCCACAGGUGGAAAGGCUCCUAGGAAGCAACUCGCUACCAAGGCCGCAAGAAAAUCUGCUCCUACAACCGGUGGAGUUAAGAAGCCUCAUCGCUAUCGCCCUGGAACUGUUGCUCUUCGUGAGAUCCGAAAAUACCAGAAGAGUACUGAACUCUUGAUCCGUAAGCUUCCCUUCCAGCGUCUUGUUCGUGAAAUUGCUCAGGAUUUUAAGACGGAUUUGAGAUUCCAGAGCCAUGCUGUUCUUGCUCUUCAGGAAGCUGCGGAGGCCUAUCUGGUUGGUCUGUUUGAGGACACCAAUUUGUGUGCUAUCCAUGCCAAGAGGGUGACCAUCAUGCCCAAAGACAUUCAACUUGCACGCAGAAUCCGAGGGGAACGUGCUUAGGCUAUAAUGGAUAAUGGAUUAGUUUCUAUUUUCGUUGUUUUAGGAAUACAUAUCGUGUUUCUAGGCUUUCAGUAAUAUUCAAGUUUCUUAUGGAUUGUAUAGUUCUGGACAUAUCUUUGAAUUUUAGUAGCUCAUAGGCAAAAACUUCUGAAUAAUUAGCUUAUAAUCAGACAAGUUUGUUGUGUUUUUCGUCAAUUACAUGUUAGAUCUUUGCGACCUGCCUUAUGAGAUGCCUUGGUUUAUUGAUUUUCA